CACAACAGUUUGUAGACUCAAGAUAAUGUUCGUUAAUGCCGAUCAAUAGGUUAAUAAAUAAAGGGAAACGCCGAUGAAAAUAUUUUUUUUUACCAUUAUCAAAAUAAAUAAAUAUUUCAGUUGCGAAUUUGACAAAUAACAGUAUUCAAAAUUUACACGAACAAGUACAGUAUUACAAUUUUACAUUUAUUUAUAAACUGUGUAACAUCGUUAUUAUCAUGAUCGGUGGACUUUUUAUGUAUAACCAUAAAGGGGAAGUGCUUAUAUCGAGAGUUUAUAGAGAUGAUAUAGGUCGAAACGCUGUAGAUGCAUUUCGUGUUAAUGUUAUUCAUGCUCGUCAGCAAGUGCGAUCUCCAGUAACAAAUAUUGCACGUACAUCAUUUUUUCACAUAAGAAGAGCUAACAUUUGGCUAGCUGCUGUCACUAAACAAAAUGUUAAUGGUGCCAUGGUUUUUGAGUUUCUUAUUCGGUUUACUCAGGUGAUGCAAUCAUAUUUUGGAAAGAUUAACGAAGAAAAUAUAAAAAACAACUUUGUUCUUAUCUAUGAGUUGUUAGACGAGAUAUUAGAUUUUGGUUAUCCUCAAAAUUGUGACACUGGCGUUCUUAAAACAUUUAUUACUCAAACUGGUAUAAAAUCACAAAGCAAAGAAGAACAAAUGCAAAUUACAUCUCAAGUCACUGGACAGAUUGGAUGGCGCCGUGAAGGAAUUAAAUAUCGUCGAAACGAAUUAUUCUUGGAUGUUCUGGAAUAUGUUAACUUGUUGAUGUCACCACAAGGUCAAGUAUUAUCAGCUCAUGUAGCUGGACGUAUUUUAAUGAAAUCAUAUUUGAGUGGUAUGCCAGAAUGUAAAUUUGGUAUUAAUGAUAAAAUAGUUAUGGAAUCUAAAGGAACAAAAAUAAUCGAUGAGACAGGUUCAAGAACUGCAUCAGGAAAACCAGUAGUCGUAAUAGAUGACUGUCAAUUUCACCAGUGUGUUAAACUCUCUAAAUUUGAAACUGAACAUUCCAUUAGUUUUAUUCCUCCUGAUGGAGAAUUUGAGUUGAUGCGUUAUCGCACAACCAAGGAUAUAUCACUACCUUUUAGAGUAAUUCCUUUAGUUCGUGAAGUCGGUCGUACUCGGAUGGAAGUAAAGGCUGUAUUAAAGUCUAAUUUUAAACCUUCACUCCUAGGACAAAAAAUUGAAGUAAAAAUUCCUACACCAUUGAAUACUGCUGGAGUUCAAUUACUUUGUUUAAAAGGUAAAGCCAAGUACAAAGCAUCAGAUAAUGCAAUUGUAUGGAAAAUUAAAAGAAUGGCAGGAAUGAAAGAAACUCAGUUAUCAGCUGAAAUUGAUUUGUUGGAGACUGACACGAAAAAAAAAUGGACAAGACCACCAAUAUCAAUGAAUUUUGAGGUACCGUUUGCUCCUUCUGGAUUUAAAGUAAGGUAUUUAAAAGUUUUUGAACCAAAAUUGAAUUACUCUGAUCAUGAUGUUGUUAAGUGGGUUCGUUAUAUUGGACGCAGUGGUUUGUACGAAACGAGAUGUUAAUGAUCAGUUAUAAUUUUUAACACCUAAAUCCUGUUUGAUCAUUCAAAUAUUGUUUUAUUAUUAUUGGUAAUAGAUUAUUAUUAUUUAUGAUUUAUUACCAUUGUUUGUAAUACCCUCUAUAUCUGUGCAGAAGGUUAUACUCAGAAUAUUUAUUGAACAAUGAAUUUUUAUAAUUCACUUAUGUAAUCUAUUAAUUUAUAAAUAUAUUGUUAUUUAGGCUAGUCAUUAAUGAUUUAUUUGUAAUUUUAUACUGUCAUAUAAACAAUUCAAAAUUGUUUUGAUUAAAAGUAUAAUCUCCCAAAUUUUUUUUUAUUAUUGUAUUAUUAUUUUAUUUAAAUAAAUUAUAUAUAUAUAUAUAUAUA